AUGUUCGGACACGCUUUCUACCAGUUCAUCUUCACCGCCGCCGUGCUCGCUCUCGUGUCGGCUCUGCCAGCAGAGGACCUUGAAGCGCGCGCGAGCUGUGUUGUUGACUCCGUCUCUGCUGCUUCCUCGAUAUCCAGCUGUUCGGCGGUCACUAUCAACGCGUUCACGGUCCCGAGUGGAAGCACCUUGACGCUCUCCCCCAAGGCCGGCGCGACUGUCACUAUGGCUGGCGAUAUUACGUUCGCCAAGACCUCGAGCUCCGGUCCUUUGUUCACCAUCGACGGAGACAACGGAAACGGCGCCUCAUACUGGGAUGGUCAAGGAACGAACGGCGGUGUUACCAAGCCUCACCCGUUCUUGAAGUUCAAGGGCUCCGGUACCUACUCUUCGUUCACGGUCUUGAACAGCCCUGCGCAAGCCAUCUCUAUCGGUAACAGCGACGGUCUCACCUUCGACAGCAUCACCGUCGACAACAGCGCUGGUGAUACCAGCAGCCUGGGCCACAAUACCGACGGCUUUGAUGUCUCUGCCGACGAUGUCACAAUCAAAAACUCUGUCGUCAAGAACCAGGAUGACUGUAUCGCCAUCAACUCCGGCUCCAACAUCGUUUUCCAAAACAACCAGUGCUCUGGCGGUCAUGGUAUUUCCGUUGGUUCAAUUUCCACAGGCAAAACGGUAACCGGCGUGACUGUCUCUGGAAACACUGUGACGAACUCUAUGUAUGGGCUCAGGAUCAAGGUCAAAGCAGAUGCCACAAGCGCCUCAGUGUCGGGAGUCACGUACUCUGGUAACACUAUCAGCGGUAUCACCAAAUACGGCGUCUUGAUCUCGCAGUCGUAUCCCGACGAUGCUGGUACUCCCGGAACUGGUGGUCCCAUUUCGGGCGUGAGCUUCACUGGCAGUGCUACUACAGUCAAGGUUGGAGACAAGGCGAAGCGACUCACCGUUGACUGCGGCAACUGCUCAGGGAAAUGGGAUUUCUCCAAGCUUACAGUUACUGGUGGCUCAGCCGGAACGAUCGCUAGUAAUUCGGCUACCAUCUCUGGUGGAUCGUACUAGGCCGAGCUUGGAUUCAAGUGAGGUACAGAAACAACAGUUCUAUAUCCUAUUACAGCAUUCUUCUAGGUAUAAUUUAGUAAUAAAAAUAUACGUUACCGGAGUGGUCAUCUUUUUGUAAGGUCCUUCAUAUGAGGUAGCUGAGAGACUCAAGGAGGAUUGAAGGAAGAAAUGAAGAUAAUGGCCUAAUUUUACUGUUCUGUUACGUGUCGUUCGCACCUCUCUGUCUAUGUACAUUUCAUUACACUUGAUUGCAUCUUCCUCCAGAGUUUCCAAGCCACAGUGACUAGUGGAUGCAUAUAUCCAAGCGAUAAGAUCGUCACGUCGAGAACUCUAUCAUUUCCAAUAUGAUCGUCAGCGAAAAUGAGGUCAAAAACUCAGCUCGCUAUACAAACGUAACGUGGUUUGGACCGCAGUUCUGCUUCUGCACUAGCUGGAGGCAGCUGACGGUAAACGAUGCUCAAUUCAUGGGAAUUUUGUGUACAGUU